AUUUGGUCACCCUAUAUAUGAGAGCUGGGUAAUAUUAUAUGCCAAAGUUUUUCUCAGGGUAUGGUUAUUAUUAAAGUCAGGAUAGUAUAGCUAUAAAUCUCACACACCCCUGUUUAAUAUUGUUGAAGGAAAAUGGGAAUUAUUACCUCCAACACUGGUAUCUUGCGACUGGAAGAUUCCAGAUCUAAAACUGGAUUUUCAGGUCCCAGUUAGUGGAAAGGAUUCAACACUUAAGUCUCCUUAGUGUGCAGCAAAUGACAGGUAGUGCUGCUUUUGCACUGCCACCAACUCAUACAUCCCAUCUGAGAAAACACAAAAUGAUAGCAGGCCAUUAAAAAUUGUUAUCUCUCUGGCCCCUGGAUACAGUGUGCCAACACCAUGGAAAGCGAAACUCUUGGGAAAAUAGCUAAAGGCAGGAGGAGGGGAAAUGCCAAGUGAUGUAGGUUAGUGAAGUGUAGAUCUGUAUAUUGUGAACUCUGAAUCUGAGAGGUGUUCAGAGCCCUCCAUGGGAUUGGUUCUGGCUACCUGAGAGGUUGCCUUCCACAACAGUUUCGUUUCACUGGAACCAUGAAACUGUAAUCCAGUGGGGGAGGGGGAGAGUGAGUGCAGGAUACAGAUCUUUCAGAGGAGCUGAAUGUAAACUAUGGAAUUCUCUCCCUAAGCAAAAAUGACUAUAGACCGUAUCAUUUUCAGAACUAAAUGCAAAACUUAUUUAUUCAACUUAACUUUCCCUCAAUUUCCACAUACCAAAGAAAUCCGCACACAAACACAACCUGUAAACUAACCGAGUAAUUUCUCCUACAUGCUAGGAAGGAAGGGGGAGAGGUAGCUAUUUGUUUCUAUUUUUAAAUACUUGAGAGGUACUCAUAUACAGCAGUGAGGGAGGAGGAGUCAUACAAGUACUUAGUGUGUUUUUCUCUCAUGGAUAAAAUUACAUCAUUUUAGUUUUGUUUUUAUCUUGCAUGCACAUGUAAAUAGGGCUUAUUCUUGUCUCGCUGUAUUUUUACGUGCAAUCCCAGUUGAACAGGAAACCUCACUUUCAGAGGAUGUGGGCAAACUGCUUAAGAUGGAUGCUUUGUUACUUUAAAAAACGGAGAGGCUAUAUAAGCCAGUAUCAAUUAAAUACUCUAAAAGUGUAUGACAAAGGGUGGAAGAUUAUAUGCAAUUAAGGAGUUGAUGAAUGUAGAGCUUAUGUGUAAACUGUGUACCUCUUACAUUAACCUCUCCAUAUUCUCCAUCACAGUGCAUUGACUUGUUGACAUAUUCUAAAUAUCCCGUUGCUGCUAGUCAGAAUAUCACCAGUGGUAACUCACUGGCAUUUUGGCUCUGGUAGUCAGAAUUAGUCAUUAAUGUUGGGAAGUCUCAUUCACUGGUAACAUGUCAUUGCAUCCUUUUGAUAGUUUUUUUUUUUUUAAGGGCAAAGGUAGUAAUGGGUACUCUCAUUCAUUUUCUGAGAGAUGGCAUGAGUGUUCCUAGUUUUUUUUUUUUUUUUCCCCCCCACAGCCUGUCAGUACUGAUACAUUAUGGGUGGCACUGACUGGGUGACUAAAGGGUUUUGGCCAAUCAUAACUAGGGAUCCUAGUUUUUUGUGAUUUAAAAAACCCGACAUUCUCUGAUUAAAACCCCCAUAAAAAUCUGUGUUUUUCCGCAAUUAGAAUGGAUGCUGAACUUUAGUUUCCCUAGCCACAAUAUGUAUAGCUAUCUGUUGAACACAAUGUUUUAUUGUUAUACAUUAGAACACCAUUUAUCCAAGCCUCCAUUAUCCAGCUCUCCGUGUUAACCAAACCACCAGCUGCCUGGAGCUGAUCGCCCAAGCCCUGCCGCUGUCAGACUAUGGCGGCUGGUGGUUCGGUUAACACGUAGAGCCGGGUAAUGGAGGCUUGGAUAAACGGGGUUCUACUGUAUGUAAAUUUAAAGUGCAUUCAAAAAUCAACAACAAGAGGAGAAGGUUGUGCGCAUUGAAUAAGUGACACUAGUUAAUAUAUGUUUUUAUUUUUUCACAAAAUGUAAAAACUAAAGAUUCUUGAAAAAUGCAAAUUCUGCAUUUUUCUGUGGCAAAUGGAUUUCUAGGAUCCCUGAUCAUAACUAAUAUCUUUGUGAUGCAUAUGAGAGAGAGGGAGAACCUGUACCAAUGAGUAAUCCUGUCUCAUCAAUGAUCCAGCCAUAUCUUUAUAUCUUCAUGGUAUUGAGUGAUAGCUGUUUUACUUUGAUUGUUACAUAUUGAGAAAUACAAAGAGGAAAACAUCCACUUGCUGCAAAAUAAAAUGACUCAGAGUUGGUAAAUUCCAAACUUACAAGCUGUUUAAGAUUUGACAAAUUGUGGCUAGUAGUGUGAUUUUACUUGCUAAAGAGAAUUCCUCCCCUGAUGCUUCUGUAGUUUCUUGUCUAAAUGGGCACAAAAAAUGUAAGAGAAAAAAGCUUGACUUAUUAGCAGAAUUACAAGCAAAAUUACAGACGUCAGGCUUCUAAUAAAUAAACGUAAAUAACUUUUACGACCAUGUAAUCAUUUCCCCUAUGAUUCCUCUUGAAAACAGAAUAGUUUCAUUAGAUUCUUCCUCUUAGUGUGAUAUUCCCACUGCACUAAGUCUCCUGUGGCACUGAAGAAGCAAUUUAUUGCAUAAUUCCCAUUAGUAGUACAAAUAUACUCUGUGAUCACACUACUGUGUUCAAUCUGUAUGUAUUGCAUAAACUUAGAAUAAAUUGACAUCCCCUUAGCACCUUUUCUCACUUGAAAUGAUAUCUUUAAUUGAUUAUUUAAAAAUAGUCAUUUCAUAUUACUGCAACAAAAUGACAACAACCGUACUUUUUUUAUACAAGUAUACUGCUUGUCUAUUAGAAGAUACAUUUUUCAAUAAAUAGUGCCACAUUUUUGGAACGAGUAAUUCACUGAAUCAAAUUACAUGUGUUUGUUCCAGGUGCAACAGUGGUAAUUUUCACAAAUAUUCAGAAUGCUUGUUUUACAGUAUGUCUGCUGCUCAACACUAUAGUACAUGCCUUUUUAGUUUCUCUCAUACAUUUGUGGUGACUGAUAGAUGAUGCUGUGUUUCGCUUAUAUUCAGAGCUGCCAUCAAAUUCACCUUUCUGAAACCAUUUAAGGAGAUUGAUUUGCGCUGAUACACUACAAGACAUUUUAUUAAACAAGUUUAAGGAUCCCACCAGUGUCCUGGAACAUCUGAAGGCAACAUCUUAUUUUCUUAAGAACAAGUUUGCCACAUCAGACAGAAGUGGAACAAUGUCCUAUGUUUUUGUAAAUGAUUCUUCCCAGACAAAUGUGCCCCUGUUGCAGGCAUGCAUUGAUGGGGAUUUUAACUAUUCCAAGCGGCUGCUGGAGAGUGGCUUUGACCCAAAUAUUCGUGACAGUCGUGGCCGAACUGGUCUGCACCUUGCAGCAGCCAGAGGAAAUGUAGACAUCUGUCAGCUGUUGCACAAAUUUGGUGCUGAUCUACUGGCCACCGAUUACCAAGGUAACACAGCCCUUCACCUGUGUGGGCAUGUGGAUACCAUCCAGUUCCUAGUCUCUAAUGGACUCAAAAUUGAUAUUUGCAAUCACCAAGGAGCAACACCACUUGUUCUGGCAAAACGAAGAGGAGUAAAUAAGGAUGUAAUUCGAUUGCUGGAGUCUUUGGAGGAGCAGGAGGUGAAAGGAUUUAACAGAGGAGCUCCUUCUAAGAUGGAAACCAUGCAAACUGCAGAAAGUGAAAGUGCAAUGGAAAGCCAUUCCCUCCUUAAUCCGAACCUGCAGCAAGGUGAAGGGGUUCUUUCCAGCUUCCGCACAACAUGGCAAGAGUUUGUGGAGGACCUGGGCUUCUGGAGGGUGCUACUCCUGAUCAUUGUCAUUGCCCUUCUCUCUCUCGGAAUCGCAUACUACGUUAGUGGGGUGCUUCCUUUUGUGGAAAAUCAGCCUGAAUUGGUGCAUUAAAGCAAAUGAAAAGAGGCACAACGUUCUUUUCCUGAGUUCUAAUCUUUGUUUUGAGCUUCUUAUAAUUCUUGGUGCAGCUGUAUAUACUGUUUGCCUUUUAUAUGUACUGCUAACCCUUUUGGAAGAGAGCUGCAUUAAUUUCCGCUAACACCACCAAAUUCUAAAGAAUUCCUAGGCUACCUCUGACAUGUCUUGACUUCUAAUCAAAACUUAUAGAUAGCAGUCUUUAUUGAUCAAAUGUGGUGAUCAUAAAAGGCCCUUCAUAAAUAAAUAGCAAAUGCUUGAGCAUGUAAAAAUGUGUCCUGCUACUGGACCAAAUCAUCUUGUUUUCCAUUAUAAAAAAAAAUAAAUAAACUACUUUUCCUAUGCUUCAGCUUUUGAGGAGGAGUAUUCUUAUAAAAAGCUACCUAGAUUAAAUUGGAAUAAUUUUAAUCUAUUCUGAUAUUUACAUCAUACAAUACUGUAAAUGUGCAGUUUUCUUAGUGCACUCAACAUGUUCAUGUGUAUGGUUAUAAACUACAUAUACAUUUAAAGAAUGAGAAACAUUUCAAAUUUUAUAACUUCGUUAAACUUCCUUUGACAUCCUUGUAUUUAUAUAUUAGCUUAAUAUAACCUAGGUUUUUUUUCCAGUUAGUGUGGUGGUAUUAAAAUUUGUGAGAGAAUAAAUCCUUUGAAGUGAAAUUGUCUGUAGUGCUUUUGGAUGCAAACAUCUUUAAGCAUUUGACUUCAAAAUGCAACUUUUUCAUUUGAAAUACCUUUAAGGAAACAUUUUCUUUGUAACCUAGAUGAAAAGCGAUUUAAACAUUUUUUCUGUGUUGCUGUGAAACGUGUCAUGCAGGAUAACUAGUUUCUGUGAAAAUACUCAGAAAACAAUAUGUUCAUUUCAUUUGCAGUUUUGUGCAAGGGUUUAAUUGGGAUAUAUUUUUGGUAAUAUUGCUAUCAGUUUCAACUAUUUUCAAAUGACACUCAAAAGCUGAUGAGGCACUUUCUGAGUUAACAUAAUGCAAUGUUGCACUGGGUGUCUUCAUAUUUCGGAAUAUUAUGUAAAUUGAAAUCUGGCCCAAUGUGAGGUCUUUGUUGUUGUUAAUCUGAAGUUAUAAUACCUGAUGAUUUAAUACUCUUUUAUGGAGACUGGGUAAAUAUGCAGUAAGGUUGUGAUUGUCAAAGGUGCCCAACUCCCACUCAAUUUCCGUGGCAGUUAGGUACCUAACUCCCUUAGGUUGCUUUGACAAUCCCAACCUAAGUGAAUUCAGCAAACGUUAAUAAAACAGCAAAAUGAUUUGUUUUAUUAAAAUGAUCCUAAAUCAUUGCAAAAUAAACUGAACACUUAAAAAGUUAGAAAUUACAGUAAAUGAUAGUGGAUAUACAUACAUCUUAUUAUUGUGUUAAUAUAUAUUUGUUGUCUCUAGUUUGUGGUCAUUGACUGAGGAGGCAUCUUGUCUUUGUGAUGUUGGGAUAGGCUUCACAGAAGCGUUCAUUCUAAAUUGUUUCUGAAGAAUUCUUAGAAGCUAUUCUCCCAGAUGGUACAAAUGCAGCAAAGAAGGAAGCCUCCAAAAACCAACAAAAUGAGCUUCUCUUCUAAACAGUUUAAUUUGUCGUUUAUCUGUUUAUGAAUAGAGAAACAUAAGCUAUUAUAUAUAAACUACAUUUACUUGUAUAGGUAAGUCCAUUUCUGUUAAGAACACCCUGUCUUAUAUUAAAUAAUGAAAUUUUGCAUUAUGCACUCUCUGUAUAAUUUGUAAAUGUAUUUUGAAUGUGAAUGAAUGCCAUAAAUAAAGAUGUAUAAGUAGA